AAUGGAAGGUGUCCUUAUUAGAGAAACAUGUGCACAUAAUGCAAUAUUUAUGAACUAGGGUGCAGUGUUGAUGUAUGACAUCACAUCUUGGAGUUCGUUCACCAAUGUCCUCAGUUGGAUGGACAGUAUCAGUGAGCACGGCUCUCCUCUCAUCAAGAUAGCUCUGGUCGCCCACAAGAUUGACCUGGAGGACGACAGACAGGUCUCAGUGGAGGAAGGACAGAAGCUUGCAGAAACCUACAAUUGUCUCUUCUUUGAAGCCAGCUCCAGGGCUGGCAAGAACUGUGCCAAGGUAUUUACCAUGGAACCUUAUAGUUGGUAUAUAUAAUGCACCUAAUGGCAAGUGAAUGUAUGGGGUUUCCUGCUAAUAUUAGGUAUUCAAUAUGUUGGCACAAGAAAUCAAGAAAGCAAAGGAUGAAUCCAAUUAUAUCAAGGCCCACAACUCAAUGCCAGCCACAGAGGCCAGUAGAAGGAUACUAGCAGAGAAUGACUUGAACUCUAGUGGUAGUCAGAGUAGGGGAAAGACUUCCUGCUGUGCCAGAUAACCAAAACAUUUGCCGUGUAUGUAGUAUUGUAGUAUUAGGCUAAAUUUUUCAAAUUUGUUCU